AUGGAACAACUCCAGUCGAUCGGUGUCUAUUUUGAAAAUUUGAAGAAGCAUAUUCACCGCAAGAACAAUGAUGAAAAUGAAGAAUUGGAACAACAUUAUGAAGAGCAGGACUUGAUACCCAGCACAUAUCUUAAGAUGUCCAGGGGAAUCUCGUACAGAGCUAGAGUGUCUGCUGUGCCACAAGCUCAUUUGCGGGCUUCUCAGGAGCAAGACAACACCCGCGAACAACAACCCGCCAUGUACGACGACUCUGGCGUUGCAAUGGAACAAUCGACGGGCGGCAGCAGUUUCUCCUCGAGCCUGCAAGGAACGCCGCCUGGGUUGAGCAAUGCGGCCGCUGCCAGCAGGGCCACGACCUGCUCCACGCCAGUCGAGCAGGAAUCAAUGGAGACGGAAGAAACACCUGAACCAGAGAGGCCUUCUUCUACUGGAAAUCGCUCGCCUAGUCCGGAAAUUUAUAAGCCGCACCUGCGGUGUCCCAUCUGUGGCGUAACCAAUUUUGAUGGCAUCCUGAAACUGUUCCUUCACUUCACCGACGACCACAGUAACGACAAGAUCAACGCGCCGCACCUCAACUGUUCGGUUUGCACCCUGGCCUGCCUGUCGAAGGAGUCACUGACCAUCCAUACAGUGACGCACAUGGCUCAGGGCGGCCGGUGUCUUCUGUGCCCCUUCAAGAGCGAUAACAAUGAGAAGAUGGACAAGCACCGGGUUAGUUUCCACCAUCUACCUUCCACUCUCAACAAAAAGGGCAAAAGUAAGAAGCAGAAAUGCAAAGCAAAAGGAUGCACGUUUGAGGCCACAGACAAGUACACUAUGUGGCUUCACUUUAGAGGCCACGUGUUAGAGGGAAAAUAUCUCACAUGUCUAUACUGCCCAUUUGCCACAAGUUUUAAGCAUCACCUGGAGUAUCACCACGAUAGCCACCUAGGGAGAAAGCGUGAGCAUUGCCCACAUUGCGAUUACAAAUGUGUGAAUAAGGCGAUGCUGAAGUCGCACUUGAAGAGGCACAGCGAUUGGUGCGACUACAAGUGCGCCGACUGCAAAUUCGAGGCCAAGUACCACCACAUUCUCAAGACUCACCUCCAGGCGAAAAAUCACAAUCAGAUGAUGGUCGUCAGACCGGAUGGCACUCAAGUGCCAACAGUCGACGUGAAUGGACGCAGACGAGGCCCAAGAAGCAAAGCCGGUGCUCCCGCAGUGCCCUACCAAUUUCCUUUACCACCAGUACCGGUCAACAACGUGCAAAUGAUGCCUGCCGCGCAGCUGCAGCCUGUCUGUCGUAUGUGCCGAUUGUGUGGUUCCAGCAUCACGUCCGAGCAACAGAUGCAAGAGCACAUGGCCACGUACCACUCAAAUCCACAAGUCGUGGGACAAUUAAUGCAUAUGAUGGUUUUGGAUCAACUGCAAGCGGCAUUGGUGCAGCAGGGGCAGCUGAGAUUGGCAGCAGCCAGACAUGAGCAGGACUUGGCCGCUCCCAUCAACCUGAGCAUGAAACCAGCGACGCCUCCAGUAGCAGUGCCAGAGCAGGCAGCUUCCAGCGGCGAGGAGGAUCAUAUGGACAUCGGACGUCUGGCCAUUAAUGAAAAUCCAAUCCAAACCAGAGUAGUGCGCAAAUAUUGCGAGCACUGCGACUUAGAUUUCAAGAACUCGCAAGAGUACGCCAACCACAUCGGACACCACGGCACUCCGGACCCGUUCAGCUGCAGAAUGUGUGGAUUCAAGGCUAAUAACAAGGAAAGUUUUUACUUCCACAUCAACACGAUUAACCACGACUGAUCGUUUUUCUUUUUAACCAAGUUUUUUUAGGUUAAAAUCACUCAAAAUGUAAUAGUUCCUGCUGACGAGACUGCAACAAAUCUUGUACAUAUAUGAACCAUUUUACAAAUAAAUACGAAUAGAAAGUAGAAUUCUGAAGCUUAAUUUUGAUAAGUUUGUAAAUAAUGUGAAUAUUAAAAAGCAAAAUAUUGUUCCUAAAAUCUAUGAUACACUUGCUAUGUUAAAUACCGAUUGGAAAAAACCAAAUUGUAAAGAUCGUUUCAUGUAAAUAAGGUAUUCUUGUCAUGGUUAUCAUUUUUUUGUUUGCACAAAUACUUGUUUUCACCUGGAUGUUACUGAUAAAUGCAAGUGUAGAUUCUGUAAAUGAUGAUCUGUAUAUAUGUAUAGUAUGUACCACUUUCUUGAUUGUCCGAAAAAACAAAUGGCAUACAAAUGCCCGAAAUAUAGUUGUACACCGUUGGCGUUAAAUAAAUACUUUAUUCUAAUAGAAAGUAGAUAUAAAAAGAGAGGGAAAAUGGUGUGCAAAAUUCUGUCGUAUUUUACGAUGGCCAAGACUGAUCAUUACGUUUUUCUUUAUAAUUAAGUUUUUUAGGCUAAAAUCCCUCAAAAUGUAAUAGUUCCUGCUAACGAGACUGCAACACACGACAUGAACUAUUUUAGAAAUAAAUAUGAAUAGAAAGUAGACAUAAGAGAGGAAAAAUGGUGUACAAAAUGCUGUUACGAUAGCUUUAAAGCUUUCUUGUCAUUCAUGAUUAGAUUAGAUGUAAUUCAACACAUAUAUUUUUGCACUCUCUCUUGUCGCGAUGUGGGCUACU